AAAACAAAUCGCUCGUUUUGUCAAAGCUGUCUAAAUCCGAAACGACUAGGAGUUUUCCUGUAAUUUUCGCGAUUUGUUGUGCAAUUUCCACGCCGGUUGAACUUAAAACUUGCAUCUAAAGUCGGAUUAAGUAAGUUUCAGCAAUGCUCCGCCAAACCACAAGCACCCGCCGGCUGCUGCAGCUGGCCCUGGGUCGUCGGACCCACUCGACGAUCUCCCAGCCCAAGAUCAAUCCGGCCGUCCUGAACAGCACGCGGGCCCUGGACCGGUAUCGGCCGGGCGAGCGCUACAACGGGUUCGUCUGCACCCGCACCGAGUACAUUGCGGACUUUAACAUGACGGCGUUCCUGUUCCGGCACGAGGGGACCGGCCUCGAGUAUCUGCACAUUGACCGGAACGAUUCGAACAAUGUGUUUUCGGUGAAUUUCCGCACGACGCCGUUCGACUCGACGGGGCUGCCGCACAUUUUGGAGCACAGCGUGUUGUGCGGGUCGGAGCGGUUUCCGGUGCGGGAUCCGUUCUUUAAGAUGUUGAACAGGAGUUUGGCGACGUUCAUGAACGCGAUGACGGGGCCGGACUAUACGCUGUAUCCGUUUUCGUCGACGAACGAGAUUGAUUACAGGAAUUUGCAGUCGAUCUACUUGGACGCGGUGUUCCGGCCGAAUUUGAAGUAUUUGGACUUUCUGCAGGAGGGUUGGCGGCUGGAGCAUAGCAAUUUGAGCGAUAAGAACUCGGAGUUGGUGUUUAAGGGAGUGGUUUAUAAUGAGAUGAAGGGUGCAUUUUCGGAAAACUCGGCGGUGUUUGGACAAAAGUUCUUUAAUAAGAUUUUGCCGGAUCACACGUAUGGAUAUGUUUCGGGCGGGGAUCCGCUGGACAUUCCGAGCUUGACGCAUGAGGAUUUGGUUAAUUUCCACAAGAAGUACUACCAUCCGAGCAACGCUCGAAUCUUCAGCUAUGGCAACUUCAAUCUGGACAAAACGAUGGGUUACGUGCACGAGCAAUAUCUGAGCCAGUUUGAUCGGAUUGAUCCGAGUUACAGCGUAAUUCCGGCUCAAAAGCGUUGGACGAAGGCGCAGCGUAGUCACAUUCAGAGUCGGUUUGACAACAUGGGAGCGCCGAUCGAGCGCCAGAACCAGAUCGCCAUCGGCUAUCUUAUGACGGACAUAACCGACGUGUACGAGUCCUUCCUCAUGUACAUCAUGAGCGAACUGCUUGUGAAAGGACCAAACUCGUACUUUUACAAGAGCCUGAUUGAGCCAAACAUUUCCGGCGGGUACAACCAGCUGACCGGAUUCGAUCCGAACAUUCGCGACACCAUGUUCGUCGUUGGUCUGCAGGAUCUGGCCACGGACGACUUCGACAAGGUGCAGAAGAUUUUCGACCAGACGAUCGAUCAAGUUAUUGAGAAGGGCUUCGACCGGACGCACUUGGAAAGCGUUCUCCACCACAUCGAGCUGCACAUGAAGCAUCAAACGACCAAGUUCGGGCUGGGUUUGCUGUUCAACCUGACGCCGCUGUGGAACCACAACGGAGAUCUGCUCAAGUCGCUGAACGUCAGUGCGCUGGUGCAGGAGCUGCGUGACAAUCUCGCCCGCGAUCCCAAGUACCUGCAGAACAAGGUCGAGUUCUACUUCCGCAACAACAAGCACCGACUCACGAUGACCAUGUCGCCGGACGAGCUGUACGACAAAAAGUUCAACGACAGCGAGCGGCAAAAUUUGAGCGAGAAGGUCGUCAAACUGAACGACGGUGAUCGCGAGCGGAUCCUGAAGGAAGGCCAAGCGCUGCUGGAAUCGCAGAAGGCAGUUCCAAACACGGAAGUGCUGCCCUGCUUGAAGUUUGACGAAAUUCGCAAGUCUGCGCAGACAAGCGACAUCGAGACGCAGGAGUUUUCAGGCAUUCCGACGCAGGUCUGCCGCGUGGACACGAACGGAGUUUCGUACUUUAGGGGGAUUUUGGAUGCAGCCGUGCUUUCGGACGAACAGAAGCUACUAAUUCCGCUGUUCAACAGCGUGAUCAACCAGUUCGGAACGAAACAAAUCAACUACCGUGAAUUUGACCAGCUAAUCAGCUCGAAAACGGCCGGAAUUCACUUCAGCACUCACCUGGUGGAGAACAUUGAAGACUUUGGCAAGUACGAGUUUGGCGUUCUCUUCGGUUCGUACGCGCUCAACCAGAACGUCCCGGAAAUGUUCAAAAUCAUGCAGCAAAUCUUCACCGAAAUCGACCUCACCGACGUCGGCCGGUUCCAAAUGCUGCUGGAGAACUACAUGUCCGAGCUGUCCGUUGGAAUCGCCCAGUCCGGCCAUCUGUACGCCAUGCAGAACGCCAACGGCCUCGUCACCGAAUCCGGCCGUCUCAAGGAACAACUCAUGGGCAUCGAACACAUUGCAUUUAUGAAGGAACUCACAAAGUCGAACACUCCCGAGCAAAUCCUCGCCAAGAUCCGCGCCGUAGCGGAAACCCUCUUCGGCAAAGCCAGCCUGCGAUGCGCCCUCAACUACGGCGCCGAUUCCGAACCCGCCACCCUCACCGAGUUCCGCCGAUUCGUCGAAGCAAUCCCAGCGCGAACCUCCCGCCCCUCCACCAACACAUCCAACCAACUGGCCUCCUCCUCCCGCCACACCGUCAUGAACAUCCCAGUCAACUAUUGCGCCAAAUCGCUCGUAACGGUCCCGUACUCCCACCCCGACUACGCCCCCCUCAAAGUCCUCUCGCGCUACCUCUCGUCCAAGUACCUGCUGCCGGUGGUUCGCGAGCAGAACGGAGCGUACGGCGCCGGUGCCAAGCUCGCCUCCGAUGGGUUGUUCAACUUCUUCAGCUAUCGCGAUCCGAACUCGCGACUCACGCUGGAAACGUUCGACCGGGCUUACCAGUGGACCGCGGAUACGCCGAUGGACGAGCAGACGCUGUUCGAGGCCAAGCUGGGCGUGCUGCAGCAGUUGGACGUUCCGGUGGCGCCGAUUGACCGCGGGAUGGACCAGUUCCGGCAGGGCAUUAGCGAGCAGCGGUUCGAUCGGCACAGGGAAGAGGUGUUGGGUGUUGGUAAGGAGCGGCUGGGUGAGGUCAGUGAGCGGUACUUGAAGCCGGGUGCGGUUGAGGUCGUGGGACGGAGUGUGCUCGGGCCGGAGAAUGAAGGGUUGCGGAAGGAGGGUGAGAAGUGGAGUGUGUUUGCGCUGUAAAGGGAGGGAGGUUUGUUGUGGUUUUAUGUGUAAAUAAUAAAUGCUUUAAUU